AUGCAUACAACAAAUGUACAAGCAGAGGAGCGCAUUGAGAGCUGGGACGAUGACGACUUGGACAUCCAAGGAGACGACUUCACAUUUAGAAGCGCGUCAAUCGCAACAACUGCAGCUACUCAACGGCGGGACUCGAUUUCGUCGCGCAGAUCGAUUCGAUCCGACGUCGAAUCAAACCAUGGCGACGAAGAAAGGCAGGUUCUUCUACCUGGAGAUGACGAAAGAUCAAUAAAUGAUGCCAUUGCCACCGCAAAAAGAGCUGGAAUACCCUUGCCACAAGGCAUUCCGACAUCAGCCCUUUUAGGCGGCACGAUCAAGAGACUCGGUGCUAGAAAAAUUAAAAAAUUUAUACAAGAUGAUUGGGAUGAUGGAGAUAUCGAAUUCCCUAGUGAGGGUAUAUUUAAGAUCAAAAAAAUUGAUAGUUCAAACUUUCCAGAUGCCUUUGGUCUAGAAAGCAGCGUUGAAUCUGCCCCAAAUAGCCCAAAAAUUUCAUCAGAACGCGCGACAAAGCGGUUUUCUAAAACACAAUCAGACCGCAAAUCGAACCCUUCAUCAGAGUUAACAAUUCAUAGAUCCCCUGAAGAUCCGGAAGAUGGACAAUUUUGGGAUGGAGAUACCAUUAAAGUUCCUAAAAGUCGACAAGCUUCUAAGAUAGUCCCCUUCAUAACACCGCCCACUCCUUUGAAAGAGAUGGAGCCCGAGCUCGCUGAGAACGACUACGAUCAGGACUUUCAGUUCCAAAGUAAUGACGGUCCAUUAAAACUCAGUACCCGAAAAGAUAUUCCAAAAACUCCAAUAAGUCUCCAUGAUGAGUCUGAUGAGUGGGGGGAGGGUGGUAGCCUGGGAACACGGCAUGGGGGGAAGAGAAAUCGAAUAUCUAACCACAGCUCUUCCACAGCUGCUCUCAGUCCCAGUGCUUCUAGCUCGCUCACUAAUGAUAGUGAAGAUGAAGCAAUGGAAGGGCUUGUCCUCCCCCACGGUCCGAUUCCCUUUCAGGAAAUUUUAAAGAGACGCCAACAAUAUCGAUCACAAGAAUACCUCAGUCGCGAGAGAAAUUAUUCCCUUCCCACAAAACCUCAAGAUGACUUCUUAUCGGAUUUAGACAUCGGGCAUGGUGAUGUAUUUGACACUAAAAAACUAACUCUUAAUCGUAAUAUCAAGGUGAAGAGAGCCCCUACAGUGAGUCCAGCAAAGCCAAAAGCUGCUGUGUCCUUGAAGUUCACCAAUAAGCCAUCUGCGACAAAUAUAUCACGGCUACCACGUCCACUCGGAAACCACGAUAGGGUGCCCUCCUCACUUGAGCCUGUCUCUGAGAGUGGCGGUCCGUUAACAAACCUAGCUCGAAGAUCUCGAUCAAGGCUUGGUUCCCAUAUGACACAUGCAUCAAUAAAUACUAUCGUUAACUCAAAUACAUUAUCCAAUAAUGGCUUAGGUCUUCCCUCGACACCACAUCAACGAGACCUGUUGUCAAAGCCCUCGUGUGUGACACUUCGAAAAGAAUCCACUACAACUAACAGUGCACAUAUGUUAAAAUUAAAACGAUCAAUGCCAAUAAUUCGAUCUUUUCAGAGUGCUACUGUCUCAAAUAAUACAAUGCGAAGCGAAAGAUACUCGGGUCAUUCUGACAGCAAUAGAACAAAUCCAGUCAUCCGACCUAAAACACCAAUCGAGCGUGGCUGUAUUGCUGAAAAUUCAUUGAAUUCGUCUAGGACCCAACCCUUACCAUUUCUACCUGCUGGAGCCAUCAAUUCUCAAUCUCAUCAUGUUUUAUCUAAAAAUCUACGCAGGUUCCACAGACAAGACUCUGAGUCCUCGUGUCAGAGCCUUGAACGAGGCCUUUCAUCCCGUACAGUCUCUCGUUCAACUCUACGAUCACCUAGCCCGCGCAGACGCGGUGUCGAAGAUCUGGCCCGAGAAGCUGCAACAAAACGGCUUCUGACAAAACCAGUUCGACGUAGGAAUUUUGGAAAUGGAGGUGAAUUGGACGCUUUUGAUGAUCUUCCCACGUCUAGGGAAUCGGAACAAAAGUACGUUAAAGAUCCUGUAGGCCGCGGACCACCCAAACUAGCAAGCAUGCGGAAAAAGGUAGAGCACCAUAAUUCAGCUUCCGUUGUAAGUCUACCGGAUCAUCCAACAUCAACGAGAUCAAGAGAUGAUUUACCAAGAUUUGCCCGGGACACAAACGCAAGCCGAAUGGCCAGGGAAAACACACUUGCUCAACGAACGCCUCUAACAACCCUUACAAAUCAUUGGAAAGCAAAGUCUCAAGCAUCAUCGGCUCUGAACCCAACCAAAUCCCAGCCCGCAAAACCCAAGAAAAACAAAUGCUGUCCACAGAAACCUCAAUUAAUCAAGCCAAUUGGAAACUCUAAUAAUUCAAAAUCCGUUAAAGGAAUGCUCUACAACCCGCGCACCUACAAAUGGGAGGGUAACGAAUUUGAUCUAUCUCCUUUUGAUGCACCUUCAUCUCCCUCAUCUGCGUCAAUUCCAUCAUUUCCACAAAAAGAGUCUUUCCAGAUUUAUCGAGAAAAGGAAACGACAACCCCUCGGCCAGCCCUUAUUCAACACGUCCAGCUAUCGCAGAAUGUCCAAAUUGUUGGAGGAAUGAUUUUUGAUCCCCAACGCAUGUGCUGGCUUAAAGUUCCGUCCCAACGUAGGAAGGUCCCACAUUGUCAGGAUAGAGCCCUAAAUUGCUUUGAACCCUUUGAUGAGGACGAUGAGGAUGAUGUUUUUAAAGACGUGCCAGACCUCGAGGAUAGUCAUCCAGGAGAGUCCUCGGUAGGCGGUGCUAUGAGUGAUGGGCUCAAAGAAGACUUCAUCGUUGGUGAAGAAUUCGACGUAGGACCAGAAUUUAUACGGCGUCAACGAGAAGAAGAACAGCGAUGGAAGCGAAAAGUUGAGAAGUGGAUCCAAGCAGAAACACCCCUAGAUCGGGAGAAUGAGAGCUGGAGAUGGAAUAUUCGUGACAUGGUCAUGAACUACGAGAUAUAG